AUGCUCAAGAAAAUCCGGCACUCGCUGAGAUGCUUUCCAAGACACCGGUGUGACUGUGACGAUGACAGUCAAUGCUCGGGAGACCAAUCUAAUCACCCACGGGCAAGGGUACCAAAGCGCGCCCUGCGUCAACCACUUCCUAAGAAUGCUGCGAAAAGCGCGGCUCCAGCUAACCAGCCUGGUGAAGAUGGCAGCGAAGAUGAGGAUAGCAGCGGUGAUUAUGAUCCCCAAGCUCCCCCGCCCAGCAACGUUCCUCUGUCCACCAAGGGUUCGCACACAGGCGUAACACCUGCGAUGAGUGAGACAAAUCUUGAUGAGUCUUCGUCUAGCGAUGACCCAUAUUCCCCCUCAACCAGAAACCCCUACACAAACAGCCCGGGGGUAAGUGAUACUGGUUCCCACAAACCUUCAUCUGGCGACGACUUUUAUUCCGUCGGAACAAAGAAUUCACACACAGGCAUUAGUCUCGAGAUGAGUGAUCCCAACCCCAGUGAGUCCCAAUAUGAAUCAUUUUCAGAUUCUGAAGAAAGCUCUUCUCCCCUGAGAGCGUCUGGUAUAAGUGAAUACAAUACCGAUGGAGAUGACUAUAAUGGAGCUGACGAUGAAAGCCUCGACCUAGAUCUGGAUGAAGUAAUGUACGAUGCGGAAUACUCCAGCGGAUGGUCGAGCACUUCUAGCGACAGGAGACGCCGGCGUUCUCUAGAUAGUCAAGCGCAAACCGAUGCUGAACACAGGGGUCUUUAUGGAUCCAGAGGCAGUAGCGGCAGCAGCAAACGCCAGCGUCUUGACGACUCAUCCGACACUGCAAGCGGUAGAGUGAGAACCGGCAUCGAACUGACAGUGGAGGACGUCACCAGGUACAGAAAUAAAGGAGCCCAAUACCAAGCAUGGAUUGACGACCCGGAAGAGCCAGGGUGCCAAAUCCAACCGGCAACAUUAAAUAUAGAGGAGAUGAUUGAUAAAAAACAACAGGUGCCUUGGAAAGUCCAUGAAUCUUAUUUCAUAGCCGAGCCUAUGGCACUACAAGGCGGCGAUGUUGAGUCGAUGAAUAUUGAUCGAGGCGGUCCGCGAUACCGCUACACACACCUCCGACAGGAUCCGGGGCCAAACACACUCGAAGCUAACGAAUUUGAGCAUCGGGUUACUCGGGGUAUUAUUAUUGCCGAGAGACUCUAUAGGGAAGACGGUCCUCAUUGGAAUGAGGUCGCUCGAGCCCAAUACUUGCUUGAUUUUAAUUUGAAUACUCUGAGGUAUGUUGUCUUUACUGAUAUCGGGAACGAAGAAACAGGUCCAUAUAUACGACACGAACUAUACCCUAGAUUGGGUGUUAGAUGGUCACAGGCAAGAGACGUUGAGUGUAUGAAGUUUGAGCAUGGUAGUGCUGAGUAUCAAGAACUCCUCGGGACAAAGUUGGGUAAAGCUAUGGCUUGUCUUAUCCUUUCUUCAUUCCCUAGGGGUACGAUGAAGAUCACUCGUAUUGCCACUUGGUGUAAUUCGACUGCGCCGCAGAUGCGGUUCGAGAUUGAACCUGUUAUUGCUGCAUGA